CUUCAAAAAGGAAAACGAAAAGGAAAAAACGUACUUAACAUGGAGAGUCUUGAAAUUGAUCUAGAGAGUGUUAGGCAAGAAUACCGAGCGAAUUUACAAGAGUUGACUUUUAAUUCUAAACCAAUAAUAAACAACUUGACUAUCAUUGCUGAGGAAAAUAUAGCCGCCGCAAGGGCAAUUGUCCAAGCCAUUGAAGACCAAAUUCGUGCUUUUCCGCCCUCACAAAAGCUGCCAGUAUUAUAUCUCCUUGAUUCAAUCAGUAAAAACAUUGGCGGGACAUAUAUCCAAUUAUUCGCUCGAAAUCUUUUCCAUACUUUUAUGGACGCUUAUAAUGUUGUAGAUCAACCAACAAAAAAUAAACUCGAGCGAGUACUAGCAACUUGGAAAAGUGGACCGACCGGUGCGCCAGUAUAUUCUGUCGAAGUCACGGGACAGAUCGAUAGGGCUUUAGCGAAGCAACAGCCGAGAUAUCAAUCGCGAGGGUCGGUAGAUGGUGGUAGAUCGCACAUUCAUAUAAAUCCAAAUUUUUUGAGUGGUGCCAUUGGUCAAAAUAACUUGGUGAAUUAUCAACAACAAAGCCAACCAAUUCAACAGGUUUCUCAAGUCCAACCUGUUCAACAAUCGACGAAUCAAUGGGUCGAUAACCCGAGAUACAAUAAUAGUGGGAUGUCGACAUUUUCUGCGAAUUCUAAUCGCCCAGGAUAUUAUAACACUCAACAGGCGCCUGCUCCUCCGCUGUUGCAACAACAACAAAAUCAAGUAUUUGUCCCGCCCCCGGACCAACAAAGACUUCUACAAGAAUGUCAGCAAUUGAUUUUGCAACGCCAACAAUACGCGCUGCAAAAUCCUGGCGAUUUACAUAAUCAAAGUCAACUUGGGAAUUUGCAGCAGUUGUCUGAAGCCAUUCAAAAAGCGCCUUUGACAAAUGACCAAAUUCAACAAGUUCGUCAAUUUUUCGCUACCCAAUUGUCCAUCCCUUCAACAUCCACAUCUCAGGCAUCCACGAGUUUACUCCAACCAUCAUCAUCAUUUUUCUAA